AUGACAGAGAGGGAGCUCCACGCGGAUGUGCGAAGGUUCUAUCAACACACUUCUCAAACUCUAACCGGCCUGCGACCUUAUCCCACCGAGCGAGAAGUCCAAGAUGCAGCCGCGGCGUGGCAGCAAAAGGACAACAUCGAGAAUGCCAUCCGCGAAGCGGUUCGAAAGGGCAGCCCAGAUAGCGGCGGCACUACGGACACCGUCAUACCCCUCAGUGCCGCCGAGAAACGCGCUCUGAUCAACGAGAUUGACCAUUCGUUCUCUGAGAACGGGAUGUGGAUGGUCAUCUUCACUGUCAGUCUGAGUGCCUUUCUCCAGGGCUUUGUACAGAGUAGUCAGAACGGUGCAAAUCUCUUUGCUGAUCAGUGGCUUAAGUCUCAGAAGCAUACUGUCAACUCCCAGUUCGCUUAUGCCAACGCAGCUGUUUACUUCAGCGCUGCUGUUAUAGGAUGUCCACUGGCUGCACCGAUGAGUUCACUGUUUGGUCGCCGUGGUGUCAUUAUUGUCGCCUCAUUUCUCAUCUUUGCGGCAUCCGUUGGCUCGGCUUGCAUUACACUCAAUGACAACGCAUGGCUGUCUCUUAGGAGCAUCAGACUAAUCGGCGGUGUCGGCAUGGGCUUAAAGGCUACUAGCACCCCCAUCCUCGCAGCGGAAACGGCAGUUGGCUCGUGGAGAGGCUCUUCAGUUCUGUUAUGGCAGCUAUGGGUCUCUUUUGGCAUCAUGAUGUCUUUUAUUGUCAAUAUUUGCUUGAACCAGAUUGACGACAAGAAUCUAAAGCUCCGGUUGAUUCUGGCGUCUCCAGCAGUGUUUGCGCUUAUGCUGAUGUAUACUGUCGCCAAAUGCCCUGAGUCAUUCCGCUACUACUUGAUGCCAGGUUCGAGAAAGUAUAGCCCUGAGAAGGCAUAUGCCUCGUUGCUACGAUUGCGCAACACCAAGGUCGGUCACAACACUUCUACACAUCCCUUUUGGCUUACCCCUUCGUUCCCCUUCACAACCUGCACCGUCGAACAACAUCUGAUACAAGCGGUCACAGCUACAAGCAGUCAGAGACUUGUACUUGACGCCGCCCCGAAACCUCGAACCCUAGUAGUUGGAGCUGUCAGUCACUACGUGCGACAAUACUGGAAGAUCCUGAAAGUCCAUCGCCUUCGGAAUGCAGCUAUUACAACAGGGAUUGUGGCUUUGUCGCAGCAACUUUCUGGAAUUAACCUCAUGGCGUUCUACGGUGGGACAACACUUGUAGGUAUUAGUCCAGGCAAUCAGCCAACAGAAGAUCAAAUCUCCAAGGCCAUGCUGUACAACUUGAUCUUUGGUCUGUCGAACUUCUUAUUCUGCUUACCCGCCAUCCAUUCCAUAGACGUUCUGGGAAGAAGGAGGGUUCUACUCUUCACAAUCCCAGGUAUGGCCUUAACCUUGAUGGCAGCGGCUAUAAGCUUCAAUACGGCAAAUGAGGAUGUGAGAAACGGACUUGUAGCCUUCUGGAUCUACUUUCACACAGUAUUUUAUAGCCCGGGAAUGGGGCCAGUGCCGUUCGUGUUAGCUUCGGAAAGCUUUCCUUUGGCCUUUCGUGACACCGGCGCAUCGCUUGCAAUAUCCAUCAACCUUCUAUUCGCUGGCCUCCUGGCAUGGCUGCAACCCCUACUGGUCACUGGUAUUAGAUUCGGGGGAACACUUGGGGUGUUUGCUGGCUUGAACGUCGUUGCCUUUGCUCUCAUCUUUCUCCUGAUGGAGGAAACCAGCGGCGUACCUCUUGAGUCUCUAGGAUCUGUCUUCGACCAGUCGAAGAAGGAUCUGAUCCACUUCCAACUCUUCAAGUUUUUACCAUGGUUCGGUCGGUUCAUUCUUGGUAGGAGUAGUCUUGCCGAAAGACCAGAACGUACUGUCGACUUGAGUCCGAGCUCGGUGACAGCUGCUUCGGUCACUGAUGAUGACGAUGAGGAACGCAUUUGGAAUAGCGAUACUGUUUCAAGUGGGGUGAGGCUCGCCGAUAUGUUGGGGGGAAACGGAAGAGGCUGA